AUGGGGUUUAAAUUUUCCUACGUGUGCGACCUCUUUACGAGCCUCGAAACGAACCUCACUUUAAAGGCAUCAACGGGGUCGAGGGUUAGAAAUCCCGACGUUUCAACCAUUAUCAACUGGUUUAACCAGCACGGGAAACAAAUCCAUGGAGGAGAGACUGACCGCCUUGCUCUUCUGUCAUGUUUGUUACCAGAAAGGCGGCCGGAGAUAGUAUUUGGAUUAAAGGAGCCAUCCCUCGUUAAGGUCAUUGGCAGGUGUCUUCUCCUUGGGACUUCGCGAAGGCUAGCACUGGAUUCAUACGAAAUAUGCGGGAACGGUGACCUAGGCCAGUGUGUCGAAAAUGUGAUGACGCAAGCGGAGAACAACAACCCCGAGGAAUCUGGAGUAACUGUUGAAGAAGUCGAUGCUGUCUUGAGUGAUAUUGCGUCGAGAUGUCGGUUCUCUAGCCCAGACGUGAGGAGACAGCGAAGUGCUACCAGCGUGGAUGAGGCACUUGGACCAAUUUUACGACGCCUAACAAGCCGCGAUGCGAAGUGGUUUACUAGGAUCAUUUUGAAAGAUCUCAGCCCUUUAACCCUGCCGGCUCGUUUGGUCCUUCGGAGUUUUCAUUUCCUCCUUCCCGAUCUACUUCUAUUACAGGAUUCAUUGAGAGCAGCCGUGGACUUGCUGAGCCGUGAUCCGAUCAAAAGAUUUCCUUGGCGUCCAGAUCCUACCUAUGCUAAACUUCUGGCUUCUUUCGCGUCUUCUCAUAUAUCUCUUACCAUUGGAGUGAAAGUUGGAAGGGCAAUGUUUUAUAAAGCCAGGAGCAUUAAACAUUGCUGCAAGAUGGUAGGGAAACGCACAAUGAGCGUCGAACGGAAAUAUGAUGGAGAGUACUGUCAGAUACAUAUUGACCUUUCCAAAGACUCGGGCUGUAUACGGAUCUUUUCGAAAAGUGGGAAAGACUCAACUGCAGACAGAAGCGGUAUUCAUUCUACUGUGAAUGAGUGCUUAAGAAUUGGAAAGUCCGGCUGCAAAAUAUCUAAGAACUGCAUUUUAGAAGGAGAACUUCUUGUCUGGAGUGACAGGGAAUCAAAACUGUUGCCCUUUCAUAAGCUUCGGAAGCAUGUCAAGAGAUCUGGUUCAUUCAUUGGUACUGAAAAUGACUCGCCGGUACAUUUCUAUGAGCAUCUAUAUAUCAUGCUUUUUGAUGUAUUAUUGAUGGACGAUCAAGUUUGUUUACUAAAGUCAUAUAAGGAACGCAGGGAAUUACUGAGGAAAAUUUCUCACCCUAUUGAUGGGCGUGCUGGGAUUGCGGAACAGGAGUAUAUCAACUUCUCGUUGUCAAACAGUCAGGAGAUCUUGAGAAACUCUUUCGCCACAGCCAUAUCGCAACGUUGGGAAGGACUUGUUCUAAAAUCAAGCGAAGAACCAUACUUCAAUAUUGGGCAGCAAGAGGACUCUAGCUUAGGACAUUGGAUUAAAAUGAAAAAGGACUAUAUUCCAGGGAUAGGGGAUACCGCAGAUUUCGCCCUGAUAGGAGCAAGAUAUGACGCUCGUGAAGCUGCUCAUCUCCGGGCUAUUAAAGGUGUUAAAUGGACAUCAUUCUUCGUGGGAUGCCGCGAUGGCAGUUCAAAAAAUCCCUACGAUGCGCGGCCGAUAUUUCGCGUCGUGGACCUCCUCAAUCGACACAAUGUGAACACUGAAUUUAUACGAACGCUUAAUCAAUCCGGCCAGUUUUGCAGCUGUGAUGUAGAUGAUGACGAUGCUCCAUUUACCAUAAAAACAGAUCAGGUGCAACUUCCCAAAGUACAAGUGCUUUUCAAGAACCCCUUUGUGGUUGAGAUGGUCGGUAGUGGUUUUGAGAAGCCUGCAGGAGUGAACUAUUUCACACUACGCUUUCCGCGUGUCCUUAAAAUCCAUAUGGAUCGGGAUGUGGAGGAUGCUACAACACUAAAAGAGCUGCAAGAGUUGGCUGAAGCAGCAAACUCAGUCCCGACAGAUGAGUUGUCUCAGGAGGUCGCCUGGUUGGCGGACCGACUUGGUGAGGUAGAUGGAAAGUCAGGCUAUAUUAUUGAUUCAUCGGACCAUUCGUCUCUGUCCCCGGCUUCGAUUAUCCCUCCCAAUGAUAUGGACAAUGAGCAGUCUGAUACAUCCUUGGGGCCUUUGGCUAUGAAUGAACUUGAUGCUUCCCAAAAGGGUUCCAGAGCAGUGAGCAAGAAAAGGCCCAAAAUCACGAAAUCGCGAUCACCGUGUAUCGCAAUACACUUAGAUAAUACCCAAACCUCAGCAGACACUCCCAUGUCUCACUCCCAGGAUAACUCAGCGAAUCGGCACCUAGCAGACCUUACCAACUUAUCCCAACCCACUCCAAUGCCAACCUAUAUAAACACCGACGACCGUGAAGACGUAAACGACACCUCCAUUCCUGAAAAUGAAGUAGAAUGUUCAACGACGUUUGGAGAGCGUGAUGAAGACAAGUUGAAUCAUUUUUCUCAAUUGAGACAACGGAACGGGUCCAGGCCAAAUCCAUCUCAUGAACAACAAAGUUCCCCUGAACCGACCGUUGGUUUGGAAGUUAGCAACCUCGCAGUCGGGAGGUCUGAUAUAUUUGACAGCAAACCUAUCCCCUCUGUUCCUGAAUGUCCAUUAUUUCUCUCCGAAACACCAAUCCUGCUAGGAACUGGUGUAUCUCAUGAUCAAGUCGACUCUAUUCCGCUUGACACCAAACAGCUCUUGACACCCUCCACUGCAGACUUCCUGGAAAGAGUGCUUAAUGCUAAAUUCCCAGAUACACCCAUGCUCCAUUCCAGUAGCCUGGGAAGGACACAAGCAUUUCCCAAAUGUAGUGGUAUUGUCCUCGUCGAAUCCAAUACAGCCAACACCCCGCAAGCAGCAUCUGACAUUGCUCGAAUUGGCAACGCACUUGCCACCACUCAGCGGGCUAGCGGCAUGCCAUCACAAAAGGGGAAAAUAAUUUUCCUCCGCUGCGAAGCAAUUUUACAGCACGGCUUCUUUGAAAAUAACCAAACAGGUCACCUCGAAAACAUUCAAGAAAGGUGGGAGAGGCUGGGCAAGCGGUUGUUUGCGGGAUGUUUGAAGUGGGGGUAUGGUAUUACCGCUUGCCCACGGAAGGGGAAACGGAAGCGGAGGAAAUUCAGAAGUACUGAUGCGGACUUCGGGGAGAAGGACGGAGCUGGAAGAGCCAUGGCUAACGGUUCUCCGUCGCUACGAACUAUGGACGUUGAUGUUCAGCUCAGUUGGGAUUGGAGAGAGAUAUUAUCGUUGGUGUAG